CUCCUCCUCCUCUUCGUCCUGCUCUUCGUCCUCCUGCCGCUGCCGCCCCGGCCCCGCGCCCGCCGCCGCGCCAUGCUCCGGGGCUGCUGAAGGGGACAGCAGCACCGCCGGGAUGCAGAGCAUCAAGUGCGUGGUGGUGGGUGACGGGGCGGUGGGCAAGACCUGCCUGCUCAUCUGCUACACCACCAACGCCUUCCCCAAGGAGUACAUCCCCACCGUGUUCGACAACUACAGCGCCCAGAACACGGUGGACGGCAGGACUAUUAACUUAAACCUGUGGGACACGGCUGGCCAGGAGGAGUACGACCGCCUGCGGACGCUUUCCUACCCCCAGACCAACGUCUUCAUCAUCUGCUUCUCCAUCGCCAGCCCGCCCUCCUACGAGAACGUCAAGCACAAGUGGUACCCUGAGGUGUGCCACCACUGCCCCAGCGUGCCCAUCCUCCUCGUCGGCACCAAGAAGGAUCUGAGGAACAACCCCGAGACCAUGAAGCGGCUCAAGGAGCAGAACCAGGCGCCCAUCACCACCCAGCAGGGCAUCAGCCUCUCCAAGCAGAUCCGCGCCGUCAAGUACCUGGAGUGCUCGGCGCUCAACCAGGAGGGCAUCAAGGAUGUGUUCACCGAGGCCGUGAGGGCCGUGCUCAACCCCGUCCCGGCCAAGCCCAAGAAACCCUGCGUGCUCUUGUGACGGGGCUGGCGAGAGACGAUCCUGCCCCUGCCCCGGCGCCCCCACACAUCUCCUGCCCCCCAGCCACCCCUGUGCCUCCCCGAGCCUCGGUGGGACCGGGGCUGCCAGCCCGAAGCCCCCAGCUUUAGUAAUACAGACCUUGUUUGCACUAACUGGCCGCCUGCCCCGGGGGCACCGGGCUCCCCCACCCCGGCUGUCAGCGGUUGCUUUUGGUGACCCCUCUCCGGUCCUGGCACAGCAACGCUUCCUGAGAAGGGCAUGGGCCAACCCCACUCCAGCCCUGAGCACCCCACAGGGACCCGCCACCCCGAGUCCUCCACAGGGACCUGCCACCUCCACCCUCUACACCAGCUGGGGCACAGGGAGUCCCCAGCCUCUCUGUGCCAGCCCUGGCAUUCGCCCAGCCCGGAGCAUCUCGCUGGCACUGCCCCGUACUGCCCCGGGAUCCCCCUGGCAGCACCAGGGGCUCCUGGGGGGUGUUUGGGGUGAGUCCCACACCAGGGACCUCCGGCCCUGCUGAGCCAGCGUGGCCAGAGUAGAGAGUUCCUGCCCUGGCUGGUGCUGGAGAUCCACAGGGCAGCAGGACUCACCUGUAACCAGCUGUCCCCAGAGUUGCUUCUCCUUAAAUAAAAACCUGCCCAGGC